GGACAAGUUGAGUACAUCUUUUCUGACAAGACUGGCACAUUGACCUGUAAUAUCAUGGAGUUCAAGCGCUGCAGCAUAGCUGGAGAGAUCUAUGGCUCGUCUCCUGAAUGUGGCGUUGCUGCUGCCCCCACUGCCGAUGCUGGACGGUUCGGUGAUCCAACUCUGCUGGAAAACCUCAGGUCUAAUCACCCCGGAGCACCGUUCAUUCGAGAAUUCCUCACAAUCCUGUCAGUUUGCCAUACUGUCAUUCCCGAGAGAGACCCGAAGAAUCCGGAACGUAUCAUUUUCCAAGCAUCAUCACCUGAUGAAGGUGCACUUGUCAGCGCUGCCAAGCAGUUCGGCUUCUCCUUCAAUGUCAGAACGCCGGACAGUGUUGUCAUAUUUGCAGUCGGCCAUGAAGUGGUGUACGAGGUUCUUGAUGUUCUGGAAUUCAACAGUGAUCGCAAGCGCAUGUCUGUCAUUGUGCGCAAGAAGGGCACAGACAAGAUCAAGCUCAUGUGCAAAGGAGCGGAUUCUGUCAUUUUUGAACGUCUGUCUCAGAAUCAAAAGUUCGACAAGGUGACUUUGGAGCAUCUCGAGAAGUUUGCUGGCGAAGGUCUCAGAACACUCUGUAUUGCAGAGUGUGACAUUCCCAAUGACGUCUACGCGGCCUGGAAAGCACGCUUCACAACUGCAUCACAAGCCCUUGUCAACAGGGAGGAGGAGAAGGACAAGUGUUAUGAAGAAAUUGAAAAGAAUUUGUUUCUCAUUGGUGCAACGGCUAUCGAAGAUAAGCUGCAGGAGGGUGUGCCUCAAGCAAUUGCUGACUUUGCAGUAGCUGGUAUCAAGCUAUGGGUAUUGACUGGUGAUAAACAAGAGACAGCUAUCAAUAUUGGCUAUGCAUGCAGGCUGUUGACACCGAAGAUGACCUUGUUGAUAUUCAGUGGAAGCUCAUUGGACGAAUGUCGGGCGUGUGUGGAGCGGUACAGGGCAAUGCUCCGCUGUGAUUCGUUUCCUCUUGGUAGUAAAGUUCAGGAUGCCGCUAUUAUCAUUGAUGGACAGAUGCUAGUACAUGCUAUAUCAGCAGACCUACAGAAUGAGUUCCUACAGCUGGCUCUUUCUUGUAAAGCUGUGAUAUGUUGCAGAGUGACCCCACUUCAGAAAGCUGAUGUAGUGAAGCUGGUCAAGAGUAAUGUCAAGGCAAUCACACUAGCUAUUGGUGACGGUGCCAAUGAUGUGGGUAUGAUCCAGGCUGCUGAUGUUGGUGUUGGUAUCAGUGGACAAGAAGGUCUUCAAGCAGCCUCAGCCUCAGACUACUCCAUUGCCCAGUUCCGAUUCCUAAAGAAGUUAUUGCUAGUACAUGGCGCUUGGAGUUUCAUCCGCCUGACCCGAGUUAUUCUCUACAGUUUCUACAAGAACAUUGUCCUCUACAUUAUGCAGCUCUGGUUUGCUAUCCUCAACGGCUUCUCUGGUCAGAUCUUGUUUGAACGCUGGACUAUUGGCCUCUACAAUGUUGUUUUCACGCUGUUCCCACCGCUGGCUAUUGGUAUACUUGAUCAAACCGUGUCAGCAAAGAAUCGUAUGGCUAGACCCGGCCUGUAUCGGCUCACUCAGAAUGGUGCACACUUCAAAAACCGGGUGUUCUGGGCGUGGAUCUCACUGGCUCUCUAUCACUCAUUCGUUGUCUUUGCAACGGGCUUUGCAACUCUCGGUCAUGGUAAUGUUCUUGGUGAUGGUAAAAUGGUUGGCAACUGGUUUACAGGCACAGCCAUCUAUACAAUUACACUGAUAGUGGUGACUUUCCGUGCUGCUAUGCUCAUUGACAAGUGGUCUUGGUUGACGCAUGUUUGCAUUUGGAUUGGCCUGCCACUUUGGAUCGUCUUUCUCCUCGUCUACUGUCGCCUAUGGCCUCACAUUCCAAUUGGUGUAAAUCUCGAGGACGUGGAUGUGCAACUCUUCAGUGCUGGCCUAUUUUGGUUCAUGGUGUUCUUGCUACCUGCACUGGCGCUGGCUCUUGAUGUUGUCGUCAAAUU